AUGGCGUCACUGUGCUACAACAAGGGCUGCGGGCAGAGGUUUGAUCCUGAGCACAAUGUCAAGGAUUCCUGCCUUUAUCACCCGGGCUUCCCCAUCUUCCAUGAUGCCCUGAAGGGCUGGUCUUGUUGCAAGAAACGCACAACAGACUUCUCUGAGUUCCUCUCCAUAAAGGGUUGCACAAAAGGGUUUCAUAGCAAGGAGAAGACCCCUGAGCCUUUCAGUCAAGAGAAGACCUCAGACAAGUUGAAGAACAAACUAGUGGAGGACCUCAUCAUCCGAGGACACAAAUCAGCUGAGAAGAUGCAGCAGGAAAGACCAAGCUCUGAUGAACCAAGACAACUGCUGCCAAUUAAAGUAUCCAGGUCUCUGGAGCAGUCACUGGAGAAACUGAACCUGUCCUCCAAUGACAAGGCACCUGAGGGCAGUUGCACAGGGGAGGUGGCUGCCCAGGUGAGAGCUGGCACCAGCUGCAAGAAUGCUGCCUGUAAGGCGAUCUAUCAAGGCCUGGAUAGUAACACAGAAGUUUGUACUUUCCAUCCUGGUGUUCCUGUCUUCCAUGAGGGGAUGAAGUACUGGAGCUGCUGUGGAGUCAAAACGAUGGACUUCAAUGCCUUCCUAGCACAGCCAGGCUGCAGCAGUGGGCAGCACUGCUGGAUGCAGAAAGAG